AAAGUAAAAAAUGCUCUCAACAAUUCCAAUACUCCUGUUGACUCUACUGUCACAGUUCCCGUCUACUGAGACAGCGGCCUGUUCCCCGAAAGAUUUUGAUCAGAAACUCAACAAAAGCGAAAAGGCUUUGCUGGGCAAAAUCAAGGCACUGGAAGCCAAGUUGGACGCGAGCAUCGCCACCCUCAGCCAACACACUCCGCCUGUGGUAGACGAGGGAGAGUACGACUGCCCGCCCUCAGACCACAACAAACAAGAUGGCGACUGGCGUAGACACACACAGACGGUCAAAUUCACCAAGGCUUUCAAAACGCCACCGCUUGUCUCGGUGUCUUUGGUUAAUUUAGAUAUGUUUAACGGAAUUCACAUCCGGUACGGGUUUUAUGCCAGGAAGGUCACGGCUGCGGAUAUGGAACUUGUAUGUGAGACUUGGGCGGACAGCAUCUAUAGCUGGGGCAAGAUACGCUGGGUUGCCAUAGAAACGUAG